AUGUUCCUCGAUAUAAAAGCACUGUCGCUUUCUGCUACGGCUAGUUCUUUGGGUUCUAUAGAGAGUAAAAGAAUAAUAAAAAUGAAGUUCUUAUUUGUAAUAUCUUGUUUAGUACUGUCUGCUUUUGCGGCAGAAAAAUAUAAUUCAAAAUAUGAUAGCUUCGAUGUAGAUACACUUAUUUCAAACGACAGAUUGCUCAAAUCAUAUAUCAACUGCUUUUUGGACAAAGGCAGAUGUACUGCUGAAGGAACUGAUUUCAAAAAAACUUUACCAGAAGCUGUCGAGACGGUAUGCGGUAAAUGCACAGAGAAACAAAAAGUUAACAUCAAAAAAGUUAUUAAAGCAAUCCAACAGAAAUUCCCCAAACAGUGGGAAGAACUCGUUGCGAAAAAUGAUCCCACAGGCAAACAUCGUGCAAACUUCGACAAAUUCAUCCAGAGUAGU